CUGCGUUUCAGCAGUCCAGAACGGCAGCAGUAUGAGUAUGCAACUGCUACUACGAUUGAUAUUGCUCCGUUUGGUCGGUGGCAUGCUGCCGCUGGAUGCUGUGCUGAAAGGCAAACAAUCACCACCGUCCUCGUCAACUACCGGCCACGGUCAGCAACAGCAGCACCGUAGCCAACAUGGCCAACACGUACCAACCGUGCUGGAUGAUAUCGUUGCCCGGUACAGCCUACCGAACGGGACCAGCCGAUUUACCCACCUGACGUACGAUCCUACCCGGCGGAUGUUUUACGCCGGUGCGACCAACCGGGUGCUGCAGUUGAAUGAAAACCUAACACUGCUAAGGGAAGCCAUUACGGGGCCGAAGCUCGAUUCGGCCCAGUGCCAUGCCGCCGGCUGUCCGCCCGACGUGCUGGACAGUGUGCAGACGGACAAUUACAACAAGGUGCUGCUGUACAAUCGGGACGGCGAUACGCUAAUUGCCUGCGGCAGUGUGCACCAGGGUGCGUGUGAAAUUUACUACUUAAGCGGUCGCUUCCCGGACUCGUCGAAACCGAUCGAGGUAGCGCUGGCGGCUAACGAUGAACGGUCGACGACAUACGCAUUUGUUGGCCCCAGUCGGUAUCAGUCGUGGAAGAAGGAGGACAUCAUGUACGUUGGGACGACGUUCACCAAUGUGGGUGAUUAUCGGCACGAUGUGCCUGCUAUUUCAUCGCGCCGGUUGGACGAUUUGACGUACGCGGAGUUUUCCAUCCAGCAGUCUAACAUUAACAUCGACGUGAAGUAUCGUGACCACUUUCUGGUGAACUAUCUGUACGGGUUUAACAGUACGGAGUAUGCGUACUUUGUGCUGGUACAGAAAAAGUCUCAUCUAGCGGAUGAGGCCGGUUACGUGACGCGGCUGGCACGGAUCUGUGUAAAUGAUCCUAACUACGAUAGCUACACUGAGGUAACGAUCACUUGCAUGGUAAAUGGGACAGAUUAUAACAUCCUGCGCGAUGCCAAACUGGCACAGGCCGGUCAAAAGCUAAGCAAUGACAUGGGUAUCAAACGGGAAGAUUAUCUGCUCGUGGCAGUUUUUUCACCCUCGAAGGAAAUAACGGACGAACCACAAAACCGAUCCGCCAUCUGUAUGUACAGCCUGAAAGACAUCGAGGAGGUGUUCAACGAGAACAUUCACUCCUGUUUUAACGGCACAAUUAAGGAUCGCAAUCUUGGCUACAUUUCGGGCACGAUCAACGACGGCAAAUGUCCGGUAGCCGGUUCGUUGGGUAACAUUUUUAGCUUCUGUCACGUGGGGUUGAAAAUUAGUGGCGUUACGCCAGUGAUCGCGCCGGCCCGCUUUGCGUUUGGGGAAGGCGUUUCGCUUACCUCGAUCGCGGUCACUAAUAUUGGUCCGCAUACGCUUGCGUUCGUCGGUAGUAAUGAUGGUUGGAUACGGAAGGUGCUACUGUCUGGUCGGGAAGCGGGUGAAUACGAGCGAUUGUUGGUGGACGAAGAAGGAUAUUCGAUCCUUCCCGAUACGAUGUUUGCCCCGUCGAAUGAUCAUCUUUAUGUGCUUACCGAGCGGAAGGUGAUUAAAAUGAAGGUGGAACACUGUGGAACGUUUGGCAACUGUUCCGCUUGUCUGGAGUCGCGUGAUCCUUACUGUGGUUGGUGCUCGCUCGAAAAGCGUUGCACGGUCCGUACCGCUUGCCAGAAGGAUACGAGCGCAGCACGCUGGCUUUCCAUCGGUACCGGGCAGCAGUGUAUCGACUUCGAAAUGGUAGCUCCCGAUCGCGUCCCAGUCGGCCAAAUGUCCGUCGUACGGCUAGUGAUCAAAACGCUACCGGAACUCCCGCACAACGCCCAGUAUCGGUGCGUGUUCGGAAACGCGACACCGAUCGAUGCGAACGUUACGAAAGAAGGGCUCAUCUGCACAACGCCACCCGUCACCGAACGUCCAUCAAUUCCGGACGGGCAAGAUCAUGUGCUCGUCCCGCUCAGUGUUCGUAGUUCGGAAACGAACAAAGAUUUUGUGUCGCGUAGCUUUGCCUUUUACGAUUGUACCCGGCACGAUACCUGCCGGAAGUGUUUGGUGAGCAAUUGGGGUUGCCAUUGGUGUAUUUAUGAUAAUCGGUGCGCGUUCAACACGACCGCGUGCCGUAAUUCGGCCAACAUCGUACAGAAUGAAGCAUCCUGUCCACGGUUAAAGCAACGUGCCGGACCGAUACUGCUGCCGAACAAGGUACCGAAGGAAAUAAGGCUCGAGAUUGAGAAUUUGCCACGACCGCAGAGUGCACACACCGGGUUCCUGUGUACGGUUAACAUUGAGGGAGCGCAUAUGGUGCUGCCGGCUCGGGUGGAAGCGAACAAGUACAUUGUGUGCGAGAAGACGCUGUAUUCGUACGAAGCGGCAACGAACGAGUACGAAGCAACGGUCGAUGUUAACUGGAACCGCAAUCAUUACAUCGACACAGUGACGGUGGUCCUGUACAAGUGUGAAAUACUUGGUUCGCAUCGUGACCACGCCGACUGUAGUUUGUGUGUAACGCGCGAUCCCAAGUAUCAGUGCACCUGGUGCGGCCAGCAGUGUAGCUACAACGAAUCCUGUCUCGAUGGUGGCGGUUCGAUGAUGUUACGUGGCCGUGGUGGUGAAGAUGGUGGAUGUCCACGACCACGGAUCGAUCUGAUCAAACCAUUGAGCGGUCCAAUCGAGGGUGGCACACUGGUUACGAUCGAGGGCAGCAAUCUCGGUAUACGAGAAGAGGACGUCCGGGGACGUAUUCAUAUCGGGGAAGUACCGUGCGAACUGGAAAGGUACGAAAUAUCGGUCCGUAUCGAGUGCCGUACCGGGCCGGUACGUUCGGAAAUGUCGGCCCCGGUAAAGGUGGGCAAUGAGGCCGGAUAUACGAUGUCGAGUGUAGAGUUCCGCUAUCGGGACGUACAACUGGAAGGUUUGAGCCCUACGAUGGGUCCACAGUCGGGUGGAACGAAACUGUCCAUCAUCGGCAAACAUCUGAACGUCGGUACGGCUGCGGUGGCUUAUCUGGAUGAUUACGAGUGUCGCAUCAAUCGCACGCAGGCAUCCUCGAGUAGGCUUACGUGCGUCACUUCGGCCGCUCGCUCUCCGGAGCACAUUCGUGUGUUGACGCUUCGCAUCGAUGGUGCAAAUCGAACGCUUGCCUGUAGUACUAGCGGUGGUAGUAAUGCUUCGCCCGGCGAAAGGGUGCGGGGAUCAUCGUACGGUGCCGCUGGAACGUAUCACAGCCGGUACGAAACGUGUAGCGUUUACAAUUACACCGUCGAUCCGAAGAUUAUGCAGAUAAAGCCGCUGAAAAGCUUCCUCAGUGGUGGCCGUAUGAUGACCGUACAUGGUACGAAUCUGGACGCGAUUCAGCAACCGGAAAUUGAAGUUUAUCUUAAUGACGAACGGCUAAACCGUUCCACCUGUACCGUGCUGAACUCGAACCAGAUGGAAUGUCCAUCACCCUCGGUUCGGGAUGCAUGGGCCAUGCUACAGCAGCAGCAAUCAUUACUGCGCAAUCUUACUGCCAGCCCGUCUGGGGACUAUUCUCCACCUCGGAUGCUGUCCGGUUUCGUGUCCGCCGACGGGCGUUCCGUUCCUAUUCAGCAGCAACCUCCUACGGCUUCGAUGCCGAUGCUGCUACCGUCCCAGUAUUCGCUAACGUCCACGUCAGGUCCGUUGGUCACGGCCUCAGCCCCACUGUCGCCGUUUCAUCCGUCCGAGCAGCAGCUCCAGCUGCUGCUACAGAUCAACUUCCUGAUGGAUAGCGUCCUGUCGGUGCGCAACCUACCGAAACACUUCCAAAAUCUGCGCUCGGGCAUUGUUUAUGUGGAGGAUCCGGUGUAUCAACCGUUCCCGAACACGGUCAAGAUGUACAAGGGCGAUACGCUGGUGAUUGAGGGUGAGCAUCUGAACUCGGCGAGCGAUGAAACGGAUGUGAACGUUACGAUCGGGAUGGCUCAGUGCAAUGUGACGAGCUUGGCACCGACCCAGCUCGUGUGUACACCGCCACUGGAGCAACCGGCCCCGACGGAUGAGAACGGAGUUCCUACUGUGAAAGACUUGCCGCUGGUCGUGGUUCGGGUGGGGCGCAAUCUACGCUUCCCAAUAGGUUUUAUCAAGUACGAUCUUAUCAAACCGUACGCCUUUUCGCACAUUCUGUCCGGCAUCAUUGUGAGCGGUAUCUUCUUCGUGCUGUGCCUGCUUGCCAUACUGUUCAUCUACCGCCGUAAGAGUACGCUGGCCGAGCGUGAGUACAAGCGCAUCCAGAUCCAGAUGGAUACACUCGAAAGCAAUGUGCGAAUGGAGUGCAAGCAAGCGUUCGCCGAGUUGCAGACGGACAUGACCGAUCUGACGGCGGAUCUCGAAAGUUCCGGCACGCCGACGCUCGAUUUGGUCAAUUACGUAAUGAAGGUGUUCUUUCCGGGCGUUUCGGACCAUCCGGUACUGUUGGCGAAUGGUGCAAAACUGCACGGCCAUCAUCAUCACGGCCAUCCACAUCACGGACAUCAUGGUCAUCCGCACCAGCGUACAAACUACGAUCAAGCGAUGGUACUGUUUGAACAGUUGAUAAAUAAUCGCGUGUUUUUGCUGCUGUUUAUCGACACACUCGAGGCGCAGAAAACAUUCACCAUACGGGACAAAGUUAACGUGGCGUCCUUGCUAAUGAUAGUGCUGAUGAAUCAGAUGGAUUACGUAACGGACAUUUUGAAAAGCUUGCUGCUCCGGCUGAUCGAUAAGUCGGUGAUGACAAAACACCCGCAGCUAAUGCUCCGCCGGACGGAGAGUGUGGUGGAAAAGAUGUUAACAAACUACAUGGCCCUGUGCAUGUACGACUAUCUGCGCAACUAUGCCGGCAAUUCGCUGUUUCUGCUGUACAAAGCGAUCAAGCACCAGAUCGAGAAGGGUCUGGUGGAUGCGGUUACGCACGACGCCCGGUACUCGCUGAGCGAAGAUCGGCUGUUGCGCGAACAGAUCGUGCACAGUGUCGUAACGCUGCACAUCAUCCAGGACGAUCUGGAUGAAAAGGUACAGUGCAAGGUGCUGGAUUGCGAUACGAUCAGCCAGGUGAAGAGUAAGGUGCUGGAUGCACUGUUCAAGAACACACCGUUUUCGCUUCGUCCAAGUGUACACGAUCUCGAUCUUGAGUGGCGUCACGGACGGGGUGGUCAUUUGGUGUUGCGGGAUGAGGACGUUACCACCAAGUCGGUGCACGGAUGGAAACGACUGAACACGCUCGCACACUACGGGGUGAAAGAAUCGGCCGUAAUGUCGCUGGUCGCGCGGCCACACGAUGGGUACAAUACGCCUGGCCGUCACAUCUUCCCGUACUGUUACUACAUCAACAAUCCGCCGUCCUCCAAUCAUCAGCUUUCGUCUACGACGUCUCCACAUGGUGCGAGUGGGCCUGGGUCCGGUGGUAGUAGCGGUACAAUGGGACCGGCCCAUCAAACCGAUACGUUGCUGGCUGGUAGUGCGAGCCAUCAUCACCAUCAUCCACAUCACGUACAGCAAGCGGCGGCGGCGGCGGCAGCUGCAGCAGCACAGGCAGCUGCCCAGCAACAACAGCAGUCCCAGGUCGGUGUGUUUCAUCUGGUCAAACCGAUGGACGAUCGAUUUUCGACCCUAUCGUCGUACGAUCAGCACGGCUCGUCCUCGUCGGCGCACGGUGCACUGUACGGUGGUGGACCGGGCAGUGGCAGCCACCACAAAGCAAUACCGGAGAUCUUUCUGACCCGUCUGCUCGCGACCAAGGGCACGAUACAGAAGUUCGUCGACGAUCUGUUCUCGACGAUACUGACGGUGAAUGAGGCGCUACCGCCUGCGGUCAAAUGGCUGUACGAUCUGCUCGAUGCGGCCGCCCGCCAUCACGGCAUACACGAUCCGGAGGUGAUACAUGCGUGGAAGUCGAACGGAUUGCCGUUACGGUUUUGGGUGAACUUUAUCAAAAAUCCGGACUUUAUAUUCGACAUCUACAAAACGCCCUCGGUCGACGUGUGCCUGAGUGUGAUCGCGCAAACGUUUAUGGACGCGUGCUCCACGACCGAGUACCGGCUGGGGAAGGAUUCGCCCUCAAACAAGCUUCUGUUUGCGAAGGACUUACCUCAGUAUCGGGAAAUGGUUUCCAAUUUCUACGCCGACAUUGCCAUGAUGCCUCAGAUCAGUGAUCAGGAGAUGCGAAGCGCCAUGCAAAGGUUAUCCAUCCACCAGCAGCAGUUCGAUACGUUAGCCGCAUUAAAGGAACUCUACAUUUACGUUAGCAAGUAUCGUUUACAGAUUAAGGAAGUAUUAGAACAGGACUUGACGGCAAGCAAGUUACAUUUAGCGCAUAAGCUUGACCUCGUCGCAGCUACAUUAGAAGAUGAUGAGUGCAAAACGAUUGAUUAUUAUGAAUAACAACAAAUGCCAGCCGGAAAGACGACAACGAUGACGUCGACGACGAGAAAGAAGCGUCAGUUUUUAAAGAAUGGCCAUAUUUUAAAGCACGCAGACAGCACGUCGUCUGCGUGAAAUCUUAGUGAAAAACGCAUUUAACAAAACACAA